AUGCCAGCGGCAACGCCACCCCCAGGCGUGACUGCGAAUUUUGACAACCCGCCAUCAAAUGCUUAUAUUCUCAUUAUUGUUUCAACGAUUUGCAUGGUGCUCUUGUAUGUGACCAUGACCAUCAGCCUAUAUGCCAAGAUCAAUAUUCGGAAGAAUAUGGCGUUGGAUGAUUGGAGCCGAUUAAUUGCGACAUUUGGUACGACAAUAUACUAUAUCGCCAGUGUUAUCGCUGUGACAAAAGGGAAAUUCGGCAUCCACAUGUAUGAUCUCACAGCAGAAGAUGCCAUGUGCACCUCUUUCAUUGUCUCCGGCUUUUUCACAAAUUGGUUGACCGCACUGGUAUGGCCGUUCGCCAAGUCUUCCUUCUUCCUUCUUUACCUCGAGAUGUUCCGCACAAUACGAUGGCAGCGAUAUGCCAACUACGUUGGAUUAUUUGUCAACUGGGGCUUCUAUACCGCCGCCUUGACCGCAACACUAUACUAUACAAGUCCAGCGCCUGGAGAGACAUGGCAGGAGUCGAUAACCUCGGAGCGCUACGCCAAGAUGGAGGCUUGGAUUAUGCCGAUCGCUUCAAUCAACCUCGUCAUUGACGUGUAUAUCCUUAUUAUCCCAAUUAUCCCAAUCUUGGGAUUGAAAAUGAACAACAAGAAGAAACUGGGUGUCCUUUCGGUCUUCGCGACCGGUGUUCUCGCGUGCGUCGCCUCUUCACUGAGUAUCUAUUUCAAGAUGUCUCUGAAUUGGCAUUAUACCGAUUACAGUUACUACACCACACCCGUGUUGAUCAUGUGUCUAGUGGAAAUGUGCGUCGGUGUUACGGCCAGCGCGAUGCCAUCAAUGGCGCUUUUCUUCCGACACAAGGGCAGCAAGAUAACGAAAGCUGUUUCUCGAUUUUCCCGCUCAUCUCAACCUCGGUCAUCUCACAGUGGCAAUGUGAAGUGUGUGCAGUCUAUCGAUGAUUCGGUUGAUUCGGAUCGUUGGCCCCUCAAAGACAUUAAAGCAUCCUCUAAGGGCCAGUAUGAUGGCACAGAUGAUACCGCUCAUCUUAACUCGGUUCAGACAUUCAUUCAGGCUGCGACUCCCACUAGUCAGGUGGAUGCCGAUGGAGCGAUUUGUUUACAAUAUGCAUUCAAUCAGGGCUACGAGGAUCGUGGGACGCCCGACCCUGCAAAUAAGGUCUAA